GCACUCUGCACAUUUCGUUAAUCAAUAAAUACUUUGAUGGGGCUGCAGCAGAGAAUGAGGUUUACAGUGCAUCCAAAUGGGGAAGAUCACAUUUUUUGAGGAGAAUAAAUUCCAGGGCCGCUGCUAUAACUGCAGUAGCGACUGUGCCGACCUGCACACGUACUUCAGCCUCUGCAACUCCAUCAGGGUGGAGAGCGGUGUGUGGGUGAUCUAUGAGAAACCCAACUACAAGGGUUUCCAGUACAUCCUCAGCCCUGGGGAGUACGCUGACAGCCAGCAAUGGAUGGCCUUCAGCGAAAACGUGAAAUCCUGCCGCCCCAUAAAGAAUGUGUAUGGCAGUGCGUGGAAGCUGAGGCUGUACGAGAGGCCAGACUUCGGAGGGCAGAUGGUGGAGUGCUCUGACGACUGUCCUUCAGCGUACGAUACCUACAAGCUGCGCGAGGCUUACUCCUGUGUGGUGACCGAUGGCGCCUGGGUGUUGUACGACCUCCCCAACUACAGGGGGCACCAAUACCUCCUAGAGCGAGGCGAGUACCGGCAGCACGGCGACUGGGGGGCAGCCUUGCCUGGUGUCGGCUCCUUCCGCAGGAUCACAGAGUUUUAACCCUACCUCAGCUUUAGCCUCGACCAAGAAAGGGAUCAAGACCUUUCCAAAUGCCCACACACUCACUCAACACCAUCAAUAAAUGAGAAGCAAAACACUGA